AACUGCAGUGGAGACUUUAAUGAGGACCGUUGACCUUUGAUUUCAUUUCCGACCAAGUAACUUACCUUCUCAAAAGCUCCCCCAAUGAAAUAAUAAUUAUUAUUCCAACGCUUGGCUCUCUAUAUUAAACCGCAACGACGAGCUCACCUCUCCCUCUCCCUCUCCCUCUCCCUCUAACCAUCAUGCGAGUGGAUGAUGGAUGCAACACCAACCUCGCCCUCUCACUGGGCGGAGGCGAGUUCAAGUCUAACAAGCGCCAUGGCCGCGAAGAGACGCCGCCCAAUAAUCGCUUCGCCCUGUUUCCACGCCACCAGGUCGGAGAGGGAGAUGAUCGAGUCAGAAAACGGCUGCGCAGCCCGUCGAGGUCAGAGGACAGUGAAGCCGCGGAGACCGGCGAUGGUAAAGAAGCGCGGAGAAAGAAGCUAAGGCUCAGCAAAGAACAACUAGCGUUCCUUGAAGACAGCUUCACUGAGCACAGCACCCUCAACCUGAGACAAAAGCAAGAACUGGCCAGUCAGCUAAAGAUACAGCCGAGGCAAGUGGAAGUCUGGUUCCAGAACAGAAGAGCAAGGACGAAGUUGAAGCAAACAGAGGGGGAGUACAAAUCCCUGAAGCAACGGUGCGAGAAUCUAAGCGAAGAGAAUCAAAAGCUUAUGGAGGAGAUACAGGAGCUGAGGAGCAGAAAUAGUGCACUGGCAAUGUGCCCGUCGUGCGGACAGAGGGCCGCCGCAUCGCAUGGCUUCUGUGUGAAGAAGGAACAGAAUUCUCGGAGUCUCUACAUCGCCGGCGGCUAGCAGCUGCCUGCAUGUAGAACUAGAAGAAGCUUUGAGGCAAAAGAAAUUAAAUUAAUGCUUUCUUCUUUUUCUUUUUUUCUUUCUCUUUUUUUUUAGAAGCAUAAAGGCUUGUCGAUCGGGGAUGAACAAUUCGUCAAAAAAUAAUAUGUUCAUAUUACAGUCCGAAUUAGUGUAAAUUUGACCAGAUUUAAGAUUUCUCACCAGUUCAACCUGA